UGCAUAGAGCAUUACGACCAGCAGGCACAAUUCUCCCCAUCGUUACUUUGUAUCAUGUUGGAUAAGGAGUUGCAGCGCGAAUAACUGCUGGUAAAUACGAAGGUUACUUUGAAAAAAAUUGCGUUAUUUGCUUUAUUUGUCGUGUUUUCGCUGCUGCUCGGGGGAAAUAGUGGCAGCACUGAGGGGCGCUCCGUGUUUUGAAAGCCCGAAAUAGUCGCUGUCAGGACUACUGUUUUGUUGAUGUCAUCCGCGGCAGAGAGAGAGCUCUAGCGACCUUCAAUUUCUAGGCGAGCACGGGAUAAACAAAGACUCGUUCCGGGGUGUUUUUUGUUUUGCUUUCUUUGCCAGUGACACCGGCGACGAGGAUGGGACUGCUGCUGCCCUGUAUCCUGCUGUUAUGUGUCUCCACUUUUUCAGCCGGGUUGGAUUUCCAGCAGGGCUCCAAAGCCUCCGGACAGUCGGUGUUCGUGAGGCAGUCGUACGUUAAAGAGAAAGCGGCGAAGAUCGUCAAGAGGUCUCUGCCCGCAUGGCUGUCUCCAUCAGCCGGCCACAGGAUACAACGGAGGAGCGUACCGGAGGGCGACUCCUGCAAAGCCCUGCAAGGAUAUGACACCAAGUUAGCAGACAACACCCACCGUUACACCUUCAACGACCUGAGUGGGUCGGUGUCACUGGCCUGGGUUGGAGAUGGCACUGGGGUCAUCCUGGCUUUGACGACUUUUCAGGUGCCCUUCUUCAUGAUAAGACUUGGGCAGUCUAAACUCUACCGAAGUGAGAACUACGGGAAGUCAUUUCAGGAUGUGACCAACCUCAUCAACAACACCUUUAUCAGAUCAGAAUUUGGCAUCGCUAUCGGCCCAGAGAACUCUGGCAAAGUGAUCCUGACAGGGGAAGUUUCUGGAGGUCAUGGGUCUCGUAUCUUUGUCUCUGAUGACUUUGGAAAGAGUUUCUCCCACCAGGACCUGCCCUUCAUCCCCCUCAUGCAGAUUAUGUACAACCCUGAAAACUCCAACGUGUUGCUCGUCCUCAGCAACAAUAAUGAACUGUGGCUGUCUGAAGAUUUUGGCAGCAACUGGAAAAAGCUCCAUGACAUGGUGUGCCUGGUGAAAUGGGGAAGGAAAAAUGCCAUCUUUUUCACAGCCAGCCUCAAUGGAUCUUGCAGUGAUCGGGGAAUGCUGGAACUGAGGAGGACGACAGACUUUGGUAAAACCAUCAAGACAGUCGCUAGUAAGAUAUACUCCUUUGGCCUGGGUGGACGCUUCCUCUUUGCCUCUGUAAUGACAGGCAAGGGCACUCUGAGGAUGAUCCAUGUGUCAGUUGACCAUGGUCAGACGUGGAACAUGGCCCAGCUGCCCCCUGUCGGCCAUGAGCAGUUUUACUCCAUCCUGGCAGCUAAUGAUGAAAUGGUCUUCAUGCAUGUGGACGAGCCUGGAGAUUCAGGAUUUGGCACCAUUUAUGUAUCAGAUGACCGCGGCACUGUGUACUCCAAGUCACUGGAGCGCCACCUUUACACCACCACAGGAGGCGAGACAGACUUCACUAACGUCACCUCCCUGCGAGGAGUUUUCAUCACCAGCAUCCUGGCUGAAGAUAGCUCAGUGCAGACUGUGGUGUCCUUCGACCAGGGAGGGGAAUGGGUUCCCUUGCGGAAACCUGCAGAUAGCAAGUGUGAUGCUACAGCCAAAGACCCAGACAAGUGCAGUCUCCACAUCCACGCAGCCUACAGUACUGCUAUGAGGCUGAACGUCCCCAUGCUGCCUAUGACUGAACCAAAUGCUGUGGGUCUCAUCUUAGCUCAUGGGAGUGUUGGGGAUGCAAUCUCAGUGAUGAGGCCUGAUGUCUAUGUGUCUGAUGAUGGAGGGUACACCUGGAUAAAGGCCCUCGAUGGUCCCCAUCACUAUGCUAUCUUGGACUCUGGAGGGCUGCUGGUGGCUGUGGAGCACAGCCCCACGCAACCUAUCAACCAGAUCAAAUUUUCUACUGAUGAAGGACAGUGCUGGGGUGUGUACAACUUCACUCAAGACCCGAUCUACUUCACUGGGCUGGCAUCAGAGCCGGGAGCUCGCUCCAUGAAUGUCAGCAUCUGGGGCUACAGAGACUCCCUCCUCAGCCAGUACUGGAUCUCCAUCACCAUCGAUUUCAGGGACCUUCUCACCAGAGACUGUGAUGACAAGGACUAUGUGCAGUGGUUGGCCCACUCUGAUGACAUCAGUGACCCCAAUGACGGGUGCAUGCUAGGCUACAAAGAGAAGUUCCUUCGUCUCAGGAAAGACUCUGUUUGCUGGAAUGGGAGAGAUUAUGUGGUCAACACCCAGCCAACCCCGUGUCCCUGCACCCUGGAUGACUUCCUGUGCGACUUUGGCUACUACCGUCAGGAGAACAGUUCAGAGUGUGUGGAGCAGCCGGACCUAAAAGGCCAGGUGCUGGAGUUCUGUCUGCACGGCAAAGAGGAGCAACUGCAGACCAGUGGCUAUAGGAAAAUCCCUGGAGAUAAAUGUGAGGGAGGAGAGAUGCCUGAGCGUAAAGAGAUUGACCUCAGUAAGAGGUGUGUGAGUGACCUGGUGGGCCCGUCACUUCUGAUAGACAAUCGCUCCUCCAAAUCUGUUCCCAUUGUGAUAACAGUCAUCGUCGUCAUGCUGCUGAGCAUUGCAGCGGGAGUCGUCUUUGUUAAGAAAUAUGUCUGUGGUGGCAGGUUCUUGGUUCACAGGUACUCAGUGCUGCAGCAGCAUGUUGAGGACAAUGCUGUGGAGGGGGUCGACGACCCGCUGGAGACCAACCACACUCAGAAUGGAAAGAUCGAGUUUCAUGAUGACUCAGAUGAGGACCUUCUUGAAUAGCAGGCACAACAGGUUUCCAGCCUGCCCGAUGGCCGGCCGCUCUUCCUGUUACUGUUUUGUCUCCAGCUGAAUCUUCCUGUCACCUUCUCGUAUGAACUCUGGCCUCAGCUACCAGACGGAGAGUCUAUGCUUAUCUGCUGUCAUCUUUAAUGAAUGUACGGAGGCGUCCUGGGACUGAUGUCACUGCUGAGGAGAGCUAUGUGUGGGAGGUCUGUUAGUGUUGUGCUCCAGUUAUUGAUUCUGUUGAUUGAGUUUGAAUCUAAUUUAUUGUAGGGACAAAGAACUGAUGCAGUCAUGUGAACUGCUGACAGAGUAAUGGAAGCAAAGCUCGUUGUAUAAAUUCACCACCACUGCUUUACGGGUCCCGUCUCUCCUGUCGUCCUGGGAGCGCUCCUGGAAAUACUUCUCACUUCUGUUGAAGCUUGGUGUCCUUUUUCUCAUGCACUUGUACAUAAACCUGUUUUAUUUUGUCUUUUUUCGAUGUGGUAUCAAUUCGGUUGGUGUUUAAAAGAUUACUGUUUGAAAUAACUCCCAAACCACAAGUCUCUGUCCCUACUUUUAAUAAAGUAUUUGUCGGUCAAUAAGUGUCCCCAACGGAUGGCCAAGAGUAUGUAAAUUAUAGAUAUUUUUUAUUUGUAAAUCCCCUGUUGUAGUCUGUAUUUGGAAUACAAGCCUGCAUACUUUUGAUACUCCAGAGUAAUAAGACACAAGUGGAAAACACCAUUUGCGUUAGGUUCAUAGCAAUAACAUGUUAAGAUUCAGUAUCUCGUCCUUGCAUGUGAAGUAAUUCCACUGGCACGAUGUCUCUGAUGUAUCCAGUAACUCCGUUUGAUGAAUGAAGAUGUCAUCGAUGUAUAGGACAGCAGAUUGUGUCUGUUUCAAGACAGGAUUUGCGCAGAAAUUAAUGUGUGCAGAUCAAACUGCCUAAAGCACAAAGUCCUUUGUAUGCUUAGAGUUUGUGGUUAAAUAUUUUUUCCUAAAUGUUACCUAACAGUUAACGUGAUAAGACUGUAAUCAUCACUGUAGUCAAGUCAUGUUUAUAAUCAUUUGAGCCGUUUUUGUACUUAACAAAUCUUUGAUGACAAAUUGCGGUUCAAAUAUGUUCAGAAAUGACAGAAAUAAUUAUAGUUUGAUAGUAAAUAUCUAAAGAUAUUUUUUACAUCCAUGAUAUGAUUUGGCGACAGAAGCACAGGAGCAAAGCUAGAAAAAAGAACAAUUCAGUUAUGUAAAUGUUGUAUAGCAAAAACUACACUGUAGCCUGGUAUAAGAGUUAACAGACAUGGUCCUUCAAGCUGCAACACUGUGUGAGACUGUUUCUUUUAUGUUUCUGGUGUGUGCAUCUGAGGUGGAGCAGACUCUCUAAAAUAACAGGUCUUUUAUUGUGAACUGCUAUAUUUUUCUUUAUAAUCAACCUCAUAUUACUGAUUUUAUGGCUCUCAACAACACACCGCGUCUUACAGGGUUUUUCUUAAUUUUUUUGCACAUUUAUUUGUCUGUCUCGUGUUAAACAUAUUGCUUUCAUAUAAGUUGUAUUUAUUUGUGACUAGCAGGUUCAGAGUGCAGUAAAUUGGAUGUGGUUAAACAAGUGCCUGGUGUGACGAUAUGAUGUGAGGCCCCUCCCAAUGUGUGGCCAGCGUCUAUUUACUGAUUAUUUAUAUCAAGUGCAGCCAGUUUCAUCCAGUAUGUUGCACUUUUUAGGCAGGAUGAGUCUUUGAGCAGUGAGGUGUCUGUUUCAUAGGAGCUCCCAUUGAACUGCAUGUUACCUUUGAGUCAUAUUUAAAUGCACAGAGCUUUGUGAAGGAAAUAACCUGGUUAUCACUCCUUUAUGUCCUGGUAUGAGAUAAAAACUUUGAAGAGAGUAAACCGAAAUGAAAAACAAAAACACAGAUUGAAUACAAGGUUACUAUGUAGCUACUUUACACUGGGAGACACUUGUUGAGUUCUUAUUUAAUGAUGGUUUAUGCAUUAAGUGAAGGUUACACAUUUUUCUUACAGUUAAAAACUGCUGUAUAAAUUAAUAAGUCAUUGUGAUGGUUCUGUAAAUAUACAAGGUUACAUCUUUGUAUCUGCUAUGUUUCUCUCUUCUGUAUAUUUGAGGCAAUUUUCUUUGGGUUUGCCAAUAAAUUCAUAUGUUCCUCUUA